UUGACAUAUAUAGAAGCUAAGACAUACGUACAUCAAAUAUUGCCUUCAUUAAUUCAAAUCAAUUAAACUAUGGCGCCGGGUUGUAAGGAAGAGCUUUGCUCCGAUUAUGUUAUGCUGAAACCAGAAGGAGCAGCUGCUAGCUUCUCUGGUUUCCUGAAGUUCUUGUUCUCAUCUGGUGGGUUGAAAACCGGAGACUUUUUCGAUUCUCCGGCAGAGACCGACACCGGGCGGUUGAGGUUCCAUACCCGGUUCCUCGUUCUCGUCUCCGUUAUCGUUAAAAAUGUUCUCAUUUACUUGAAAGCGCCGUUGGCAUGGUUAGGAUCCAGCUUAGAGAUAUUUCUCAACUAUCCUUCCUUUAACGGUGGUUAUGUCCGCCUCAUUCUUAAUUUUCUUACGGGGAGCAUGGUUAGGCCGGAAACGACGUCGGAGAAUUUCAGAUCAUUUCUGGCAAUCCUGGACAAUAGGGUUGACUUUGACCCCGAUAUCAAGAAUGGCGACAGCCGAUAUACACCACUUUUUUCUAUCAUGGCUGCUAAGCUUUCGUAUGAAAACAAAGCCUUUGUUCAAAAAGUAAUCACCAAUAACUGGAAGAUGGAGUUUUUGGAGUUCAAGAAUUUCCAUAGCGACAAUGCCGAGGAUAAAUCAACACAAGCAAUCAUGUUACAAGACAAAUCCGACGACCCAAACCUAGUCGUGGUCGCGUUCAGAGGAACAGAGCCUUUCAGCGCUGACGAUUUGCGGACAGAUGCGGACCUUUCCUGGUACAAGAUCGAAGGGGUGGGCAGAAUCCACGCCGGGUUCAUGCGGGCUUUGGGCUUACGGAAGAACAACGUCCGGCCCAACGGGAUAGAAAGAGGCCCAGACAUGACCGAGCUCGCUUACUACGAAAUAAAGGAGAAGUUGAGAGAAAUUAUUUCCGUUAACAAGAAUGCGAAAUUUAUAUUGACGGGCCACAGCUUAGGAGGGGCGUUAUCAAUUUUAUUCGCAGCGGUUCUGGCCAUGGAGGAAGAGGAUGGGCUUUUGGGCCGGCUGGAAGGGAUUUACACUUUCGGGCAGCCCAGAGUGGGGGAUGUGGAGUUUGGAAAGUUCGUGGGGGAGAACCUACUGAGGAAAUAUGGGGUACGUUAUUUUAGGUAUGUUUAUGCUAAUGACAUUGUGCCUAGGGUGCCCUACGAUGAUGAGGCUAACUUCUUUAGGCACUUUGGACCUUGCCUUUACUACAACAGCUUCUACCACGGCAAGGUUCUUGAGGAAGAACCUAACAUGAACUACUUCUCACUGCUGUGGAUGAUCCCUAAGAAGUUUAAUGCUCUUUUUGAGGUGAUGAGAGGAUUUAUGCUUCCUUGGAUAUUCGGGGAAGAUUACAGAGAGGGGUGGGUCUUAAUAAUAUGUAGGAUCAUAGGGAUAAUGUUUACUGGAUUAAUUGACCAUGGGUUUCAAGAUUAUGUUAACCUCAUCCGAUUAGGAACGCCACCUGCAUCACUUCAUUUCCCAGAACCGGCUCAACAGCAGUGUCUAAAAUGUGAUUGAUCUACAAGAUUCAUAGAUAUACUUACAUCAGAUAUAAUUGGAGACUCUUGACCGAGUCAACAUUUCCAAUCUAGUUGCUCGGUGGUUUCUCAUGCCCAGCCUCCCUUGGCAUUUCCAAGCUCGUCUCUGCCCGAAGGUAACUCAAACUGUGCUGAUUCCGUUGGCUAAACGGGGAGAGCCAGAGAGGUCUUCCUACCCACCCGGUUGGUACCUUCGCUGAGAGGCCGAAGCGACAUAGGGCAAGGUCGCUAAGGCUUACGGGAGCCGAAGGAAGCGGUCAGCUCAGCUAGUCGCCGACUCACUCUUGUUUAUAUAUGGGAGGUCUCGGGUUCAAUUCUCAAUAGAGUGAGAUUGAUCUCAAUUAACCCCAAGCUCCCCAAACCCCCCUCCCCUCGACGCCCCCCGGGUAAAAAGAGGCUUAGGGGAGCCGAGGCCGGAGGUUAUUGGGUACAAAGGAGAUGUGAGACUACGGCGGCGGUGGAGGAAUGAGAUGCGACCGCAGACUGGCUAGGUGUACAGAGUGACCAUGGGCGGCUUGAGAGACUUGGAGGCCCCAGACAAAACACAUUUAUAUUUACAGAUCAAAUUAAUACAAUUUAUACUACCUUCGUCGCCGAAAGGUUCGCCAAAUUGACUUUUCCUGGUCAAUGAUACUAAACUUUGGACAAUGAUUUUAGUGAUUAUAUUUGUAUAUAAUUUCUAAAUUUUAUACUCUUAUGAAAAUAUAUUGAAUAAUGAAUACUUUGAUAUAAUUUUCAUAUUCAAAAUAGUUUUGUAUUGAAAAAUAGCAUUUGUCAAAGUUAAUUGUCGUUGACCAAGAAAAGUAAAUUUGAUGAACCUUUUCGAGACGGAAGGAGCAUUUUUUUGGCUAGACUUUCUCUCUUUCUUAUUAUAUCUAUUCUGUAUUAAUGCAGUCUAUAUAUAAAUAAGUCAUAAAAUAUGAUAAAUAUGAGAUAAAUUGAAUAAAAA